AAAGCUGUUCAGUUGAAUUGUGAUUGCUGUCGGAUUAACACGAAUGUUGUGAACGGUGAAGAAAUUUUUGCGAAGAAAAUUUAAAAAAAUAUUAAAAGGUUUUUGAAAAGCAUUUAAUCUAGUUUAUUAAUAAAUUUAUAUAUAAUAAAUACAAAGAUGAAAUUGACGAUAUUCGUACUAGCAGCGGUUUUCUGUAUGGCACAUUCAAAUCCAGUGCCAUUGCCAGAGGAAUCAAUAGACUUAAUUAAUAUUCCGCUCAAAGACAAUAAGGAACUAGAUAUUUUAACACUCGCCGAAAGCGAUGGAACGAUAAACGAGAGAAAUAAGAGAACAAUUGGAAUUCUACGAGAAUUAUUCCCACAAUUAUCAAAAGUGCAAGCUGUUGAAGAACAAAACGUUUUAGAGCCAAGUAGUGCUGGUUCAGAUGCAUUCUUUGAGACAAUUCGCGUUGCACGUGAAACUACUAAUCUUAACAAUAACCAAGAUAAUAAAAUUAACAAUGAUCAACCGGCUGCGGCAUCGGAACCAGUUAAAGAUCAACAAGCACAAGCUGCUGAAAAUUCAUCAUCAGCAGUAGAUGAGUUAACACUUGAUAGUGUGGAAGAUGAUGAGAAUCGCGGCAAAAGGUUUCUCAAUUUUGGAGCACAAGCUAGUGGAACUGGAAGUUCAGGAUCAGGCGGUGGCUCCGGAAAUUUCCUCUUUGACAUCAUUCGACAAACAGCAGAUCGAGUUGCACGUGGUGCUGGAAGUGCAUUUCGUGUUCUUGCUGGAACAGAAUCACUUGAUUCAGCAAUUAAAAAUAUCAAAAUAGAUGCACAUGGUGAAACUUUGGAUGACGAUUCGAGUCUGAGUCGAUCAGCGAGAAGUGGCAACUUUAGUUCGUUAGUGAGUGGCAGCAGUGGAUCAGAGCAACAAGAUGAGAGAGCAAAUUCACCUGUUGAUGGAUCAACCGAUGUUGGUAAAGGUGACGGAUAUACGGAAGGAAUUCCCGGACCUGUUACACGAUUAGUCGUUCUUGCCAAUCGUGGAUUAUCUAAUCUUAUUCAAGAUUUGAUUCUCCGAAUCGCCCAAACGAGUGAACGAGUUGUUAACUUCAAAGCCCGACUAAUUACUGCACUCAUCUAAGAAAUAACAUUGAAUUCUUCAUACUCAGCAAAAUGCUCAUCCAUCAAUGAAUCUUCUUUGCUCAAUCGUUUAUUUUUCAUUAGACUAACAACCUCUUAUCUUCUUGCCGUCUCCUUCUCUCCUUCUUUUUCAUCAUAUCAGCUUUAAUCUUGCGACAUUACUGCUGAUAAAUUAUGUGUUCGCUUUUUUUUCUCAUUGCUAUUCCUUUCUUUAAUGCACAACCUUUCUAUUAUGCUUAUUAUAAUUAGGAACUACAUCACAUUACACAAGUUUUUUGCACAUCUGCCGAAAAAGUAUCAAUACUAUUGUAAAUUUUUUUUUAAAAAAUGGUUUUCACAUUUUAUUUUUUUCAUUUUUAUAUUAUAAUUUUUUUACCUCUUGCUCAAUACAAUGACUGUGGUGUUAUGUAAAAAGAAACAAUUAAGGACAACAUGAGAAAUUUAUUAUUGUUUAAAAUAAUGGAAACAAAUGAAAGUGUAGGAUAUGAUAAAAGCAAUAUGAAUUGUGUAAAAAAUAAAUUGGGAGAGGUUAUGUGAACAUGGGAGAAUCAGCAGCUCUGCUUCACUUUUUGUUUCGCGUAUUAUUCCUUAGUAAUAAAAUGCUUAAGAUUGAGGAACAUUAAAUUCACAUGAAUUUCAUUCAAAAUCAACAACCACCAAUCAAAAACCUUCAAAAAUUCGCUUCAAUUAAAGUAAAAGUUUUUCUUAGAAUAAUUUAUAAAUUUUAUUUCCUUUUUGUACCUAUUAACUUUCGAAGAUUUAUGAAAAUUCAUUUUAAAUUCUUUAUCAUUAUGUUACAAAAAUUUAUUUGUUUUAUAAGAAAAAUUGUCAAAACAUUUAACGAGCCAU